AUGGCUGAGGUGGCAGAUUCAGGCCCGGUCGAGCCACAGGCCCGGCAUAUCGUGUAUUGCGGAGUGUGUACUCUGCCUCCCGAGUAUUGCGAAUUUGGCGGAACAGCCAAGAAGUGCGAGGAAUGGUUGAAGGAGAAGCACGAUGACCUCUGGACUCGGUUAUACUCUGAUGAUUCGUUGAACGCCAACCUCUCCGCCCUCUCCGUCUCCGCCCAAGAACGUGCCGCAAAGGAUGCCGCAAAGAAGGAAGCCAAGGCAGCUCAGAGCGAGGCCCGCGAUGCCGAGCGCAAGGCCGCCUCCAAGAUUCAGAUCAAGCGCGUCGAGCGAAACAAGCGCAAGCACGUAACGGUCAUUAUCGGUCUUGAGAUUUUCGGACUCGAGAACAAGAAGCUUGCUAAGGAAUUGGGCAAGAAGUUUGCGACUGGAUCGUCGGUCACUCGAUCGCCCGCGGGCACGGAGGAGAUUACCGUGCAGGGUGAUGUGAGUGAGGAUGUGAAGGAGUGGCUGUUGGAGGUCUACGGUAGCAAGGUGCCGGAGUCCAACAUCGAGCUGAUUGAGGACAAGAAGAAGAAGAAGGCUGAGGCAUGA